UUUUGGAGCAUUGGACCCACGCCUCUGUUCUGCAGAAAAUCAAUUAGAAGCACUGCCACAAACAAUAGUAUCAACGGGGACCAAAAGGAUGUGUUCAGCUGGCUUGAUUCUCAGAAACCCAACUCGGUGUUGUAUGUCUGCUUUGGGGGUAUGGUGAGGUUCUCGGCGGAGCAGCUGAGGGAGAUAGCGAUGGCGUUGGAAGGCUCCGGGAAGCCGUUCCUAUGGGUUUGCAGAGCGCCGGAAAAUAUUUCAGAAUCAGGUGAAGAAUGGUUGCCGGAGGGGUUUGAGGAGAGGAAUAGGAAACAGAGGAGGGGGUUCCUGAUUAAAGGGUGGGCACCGCAGGUCCAGAUCUUGGACCACCCUUCGGUCGCGGGAUUCAUGACUCAUUGUGGUUGUAACUCCCUUAUGGAAGCCAUGACCGCGGGCGUGGCGUUGAUUACGUGGCCACUGUUUUCGGAACAAUUCUACAACGAAAAGUUGAUAGUGGAUGUGUUGAAGUGUGGGAUUGCGGCGGGAUCGGAGUGUUGGAACGAAGGCUUCAACAUAACUUCUCCUACGGUGAGAAGACACAAAAUCCAGAAUGCGGUGUGCCGGUUGAUGAGCGACUCCGUGGAGGCGGAGGAAAUCAGGCGGCGAGCUAAUGAACUGAAAAGGAUGGCGAACAGGGCGGUGGAACAAGGUGGGUCCUCCCAUUCGGAUCUCAUGGACUUGAUAUCGGACCUCAAAAUUCAAACCCUGGGCCACGGGAAACACCAUGCCCCUCUGACUUAGACACGUCCUAUUCGGAUCUCAUAUAUCAGAUCUUAAUUUCAGUUGUCGKUUCUUUAUUAGAUAAUGCAAUUUUUAAUUGCUUCAACUCGUGGGACUCUGAUCUCUGAUGGAAUAAUUUCACUCCUAAAAUUUAUA